AUGAUUAUCACUCUCGCCGUAUUGGCCAUUUCAACCAUAAUGUCCAUUUCAUGCUUGGGUGUCGGAGCUUAUUUUGCAAAAUUAUAUUGGGACUUUAUUAGGGCCUCUCAGAAGAGUACUGAAAAGCCAUUGCUCACCGAAUUAACAACGUGUAAUGUCACGAAUAAUGUUGAAAAUUGUAUAAUGGAGAGAACAGUUACGCAAAAUAGUCAAACCUAUGACGUGAGGUAUUGUCAUGCCAUUGUGACCUAUUCAUUCCAUGAGGAAACAUACACCAAUGUCACAUUGGACACCUUCCCAAAAUACUACAAGUUGAACACAACUGCUACUUGGAUAGAGCUCAAGAAGGGUGACUUGAAUGGCAUGUUCGAUAACGAUCUGGUUGAUGUGAACACUGAAAAGCAAUGCUACACAAAUACGGAACAUCCAGAUUGGUUUGUAGGAUUUGGAAAGAGAGAUUUAUUUUACUAUUAUAAGGACAUUUCAUCAUUCUUGACUACUUCAUCGAUUGUUGCAGUUGCCACGUUAUUACCAGCCAGUUGCUUGAUUCUAUUUGUGAUUUUACCCCUUCUCGGUUGUUUAGCAUGGCAAUAUAAAAAGUGGAGAGGAGUUCCAAGACAUUUGGUUGGAGAACAACAUUUCAAACAUGUGGAAAUGGAAAAGAAUGACGAACAGAGUGAUGAGGAAGAAUAUGAUAUUCGAACCAAGAAGAAGAAUUAUUUCUAA